UUUAACCAGAACUAGUUAGUUGAUCAUCAUUCAUGAAGCCCCACACAAGACACAAAAGAAUACAACACGCCGAGCAAAGACGCCCGUGAACAUUUUCCCAGAAAAACGAAGCAACAGCUUCCACGAUGAGAAGCCCGUGUUUGCUGACCUUCUCCACAGUUGUUCUGUUGCUCAGCGCAUCGAGGAGUACGCAUGCCGCCACUUUUCAAGGCACUUUCCCUCACCCAAACAAAUCCAACCCAAACGAACCGGAGCGCUGCCUGCCAGCUCCAAUCAGCGGAUUCAUUACGCGCGGGAUGGCCCCUGCAGUCAUCACCGAGGAGGUUUUGGAAUCCAGUCAGGAGGCGCUUCACGUCACGGAACGUCGUUACCUGCGUUUGGACUGGUGCAAAACGCAACCACUCAAGCAGACCAUCCACGAAGAGGGAUGCCUGAGCCGAACCAUCAUCAACCGCUUCUGCUAUGGCCAAUGUAAUUCCUUCUACAUCCCGCGACAUAUUUACCAGGAUGGAAACGCGUUCGAGUCCUGUUCGGCGUGCAUACCGAAAGCCUUCAGCACGGUCACGUACACGCUUUUCUGCCCCGGACAAACGCCCAACACCAGGAAGAAACGGGUCCAGCGCGUCAAGCAGUGCAGGUGUACCACAAUAAACACGGAUUAAACCUCACAUGGAGGUUUUUUUUUUUUUUUCAAAAGGACGUUUUGCAAAAACUCUGGGCGUCUGUUUGCAAGACUGACAACCGGAAUUGCUAUUAAAACAAGAGGAACUUAUUACAAUAUUGACAUCUUUAUUUUACUAAAAAUUAAUGGAGCCCAUUCAUCCACUUUUCAAAAACGCCUUAAUAUGUGGCUUUACUAUUGCAAUACUCCCAAGAAAGUGCAAAAAAACCAAAACAUGUUUAUGAAUUAAAAUUCAAAGAAUUGACUUAUUAAGUCUUGUUGCACACAUAGCUGCAUGAAUAUUAAGAUACAGCAAUAUUUGAUUUUUUUUUCCUCUCAAUGUUUAACGAAUACAAUAUGAUUCUGUGGUUUACGCCCAAAUCAAUGUGCUUGGGACUUUUGGCUAGUCCCAUUGAGUCACUACUAAGAUUUGGAUGCAUGGACAAACCUCAGGACUUGAGAGGUUCCACUGUAAGGCUAUAAUAUAUAAAAAAGCAUUUUUUUGUUUCAUCCUCUAAGUGCAAAUCUUAAAUUGAGGUCAUGUUCGCCUCUUUCUGACGCAGUCGUUCUUUCUGUUGGGAAUAAAACAUUAUAUCAGUGUAAGGAAAGGAACGCUUUGUAUAAAUUCCAUACGUUGCCAAUUAUAUUUAUUGAAUCCAUUGACUGAGGCAUGUGCCACACUUACCAAACUGUUUGGGAUUAUCAUUUUGGUCUCCACUUUCUUCUCUGCUGUGAUUCUCUUCACUGACUGCUGGGCCUCUUUUAAUCUGUAGUAAAAAAAAAAAAAAAAAGAAUAUUUUUCUAAUUCCCAAAACACUUCACUUCUGUGUAUCUGCUUGCCUUUCUUUAGUGAAGUUCCCAUUCUCACGCUUCCACUUGGCCUUAAAGUCGGCACAAAAUUCAAACCACAGCAUGAAGAAAUGACUGGACGUCACCUCCUUUUCGCCUGCUUUGGGCUUCACACCAAAGUACACACACAAGUCCUGGAAGCUGGUCAGCCAGAUACAAAUUAAUAUGAAUAUAUCUACAAUCCGCAACAUAUUUUUCAUGUGGCCAUUGUUUCUCUAACCUUUUUUGUGCUGUCAUCAACUGACAGGAAGCUCCAACAUGUUCUUUACGUGCUGAAAAGAAAUGUACAUUAUUUUGUAAGCAAAGAAACACAUUCCAAGGGUGGUUGUUCCAUUUUCUAUAGCGCGGCUUUGGUACUUUUGCAGACAUUCUCGAGAUGUUUAUUACACUUGGGAUUUUGACUGAAAAACAUCUUGAAACAUUUGCAAUCUAUUUUUUUUUUUUCAAGGCGGGGAUUCAGAGCAGAUGGAAAUGUUUGUGAUGUGCACAGAACAUUGCAGGAUUUGAAGAAAUGGGAUAAACGGUGUCAAAAAUGGAUUGAUGGAUGAGUUCAACAUUUGCAAAGUGACAUCUAUGUGUGCUCUGCCAUCUUUAAGCAAAUCUAAAAAAUAAAAACAAAAUAAUACAGCAAA